AUGGAAGAAGAAUUAAGGUGCUUCGUUUGUAAAGAAUUUUAUAAAGAACCAGUAUUAUUGCCUUGUGGACACGCUUUGUGCCGUGUGUGUGCAGUAGGUCUACAAAGUCAUUUACCAGAAGUAGAUAAUGCUUCAGGGACAGCUAUUGACUAUCAAGAAGCGGAUAAGGCGUCAGUGUCAAGUGAAACCGAUAGUGGUGUAGUUUGUGGAUCAAGACCGAAUAGUUUUGCAGGAACACCGGCCGCUUCAGCGUAUGCGUCGGCAGCAUUUACCCUCACAUGUCCGCAAUGCAACAAACAAGUUUUUUUGGACGACAAUGGAGCCGAAGGAUUGCCGCCUUUUCGUGUAAUGCGUACAAUUGUAGAGCGAUUCGGUGGCGUGGUUGGGGCGCCUCCUGCAGAGGAAGCUUGCCAAAUGUGUGAAGGAGAAAGACGUGCAGCGGUGGUCAGAUGUGAACAAUGUUCAGUUAGAUAUUGUGCUGGUUGUCGUGAUGCAUGGCACCCUACUCGGGGUCCACUGGCGCAACAUGAAUUGCGAGCCUUAGGCACUACCUGUUCUGAUCAUGGUUCACCACCAGUUCUUUAUUGUAAUACAUGCUUAGUGCCUAUUUGCCAGAGAUGCCUUGCUGAACGUCACUCUACCCAUGAAACACAGCAGCUGUCCAGUGCAGCUAGAGCUUAUAAGACUGAAUUAUCUCAAUCACUGCAGCAGCUUUCAGAACAAGCUAAAGCAAUGACUGAAUAUAUACAAGUAGUUAAAGGAUCAGGAGAUAAAAUUAAUGAAUCAUGUGAAGAACUGGAGAGACAAAUUGACCAAGCUUGUGCAGAAGUAACACGUGCCAUAGAUCGUCGUAGAGAUGAAUUAGUCCGUGCUGCUCGGAACACUCGUUCACAGGCCAUUGCCAAUAUGCGCUCGCUUACAUCACAUGCUGCACAAAAAUUGCGAGAAGCCACUUCUUUGCUUCAUUUUUCUAUAGAAGCUUUAAAAGAAUCAGAUCAUGCAGCUUUUUUGCAGGUGGGAAACAUAUUAUCAGUACGUGCGCAGGAGACGGCCGCAGGGUUAUGUUCAUCCCUGGACCCCCCUCCCUCUCCACCAGCGCUUACCCUUGACAUCGAGCCAGUCUUACGUACUGUCAGGACUAUGAAUUUCGUUGAAUGCAUACCACCGGGCGCCCCAGAGAUGGCAGUGGAAGCGUGCGCGGCGCGUGGCUGCUCGUGCACGUUAGCGUGGCGGCCGCCUGCCGCCCCUGCUGCAGUGCGCGGCUACGUGCUCGAACUCGACGACGGGCUCGGAGGACCAUUCAGAGAGGUGUAUUGCGGCCGAGAGACUGUGUGCACGAUAGACGGCUUGCACUACGCGUCCCUUUAUAGUGCGAGAGUGAAGGCUUUCAAUGGAGCAGGCGAAGGACCGUACAGUGAAGUCAUAGGGUUACAAACGUCACAGGUGGCGUGGUUCUCGUGGGACGCGCGGUGCGCGGGCGCGGAGGGCGCGCUGUCGCUGGGCGCGGGCGGGCUGAGCGCGCGCGCGGCGGGCUGGCAGCCGCGCGUCGUGCUGGCCGACCAGCCGCUGGCGCGCGGCCUGCACUACUGGCGCCUGCGCAUAGACAGCUACGACGGCGACGCGGACCCCGCCUUCGGCGUCGCGCGCGCCGACGUCGCCAGGGACAAGAUGCUCGGCAGCGACGCGCUUGGCUGGGCGAUGUACAUCGACGGGUCGCGGUCGUGGUUCGUGCACGGCGGCGCGCACGGCGGGCGCGCGGCGGGCGGCAUCGCGCGCGGCCGCAGCGUCGGCGUGCUGCUCGACCUCACGCGCGGCACGCUGCGCUUCGCCGUGGACGAUCAAGCGCAGGGUGAUGUAGCAUUUACGGGUCUUCGCGGAGCUUUCUACCCUGCCGUGUCAUUGAACCGCGGUGUUGCGAUCACGCUGGAGCCUGGUUUACCGCCGCCACCCGAACUGCUUAUGGCCAAUCUCGCCAUCGAAUAA